AUGGAUAUUAAGAAGCAUUUGUCUUCCAGUUUGAAUCAUUUGUGGCUGAUGAUCGACGAAAAUUCUUCUGAUCUCCUGGAUAUAUUUAUCAGUUUUUGGAUUCUUUGGUCAAUCCGUGGCAUGUUAUCAUCGUACACUACUGAUAAUAAUGAGCAUGUCCAUCAUAAAGAGUUAAGUGAUUAUCUUAUUCAAUCAAUGAUUCUUAAGUUCACGUUCAGUGAUACUGCUGAUGAAAUAUCUAGUUUCCAAAAAGCUUUAUCUUCUCCUGGUUGGAUUCAGUGUUCAAUUAGUUGUUUUAAACAAGCUAACUGCAUACUUUUAGAUUCAUUGAGUUCAACUUCUUCUUUGAAUACUUUCAGCCACUGCAAUAUUACAGAUCUUUAUAUUCAAAAUAUACUUACACAUGUUAUUGAACCUAUUCAUGAUCAUCUUGAUUUAUUGAUCAAUCACAUUAGAUCUCAGGAAGUAGAUCUUGAAAAUAACAACAGUUUUGCAUCAUUUCGAGAUUCAAUGUUGAUGCUCUAUUUGAACAUGACGGUUCAUUUACCCUCAGAAUUUCUAACUGACCAGUUGUUGAGUAAAGUGAUUCCAUUUGCUUUGUUCGCGGUCACAUCAUCUUCUAAUAUUCGAACUCAACUCGCUGGAUUGCACUUUAUAUCAAUCAUCAAUAAAAAUCCAAUGCGAAAUUUGGAAUUAUGCAAUUUAAUCUCAGACAGUCAAGCUGAAGAUCUAUUUGGUAGAUUGCCAAAGUUAAUUGAAGCAUCUAAAAGUGAUGAGGAGGUAACCAAUUACGACAGGAAGAAUGUUCUCAAUACAUUGACGUUUAUUCGUCUAACAAUUGCACAGUGCUUACUUAGUCUUAUAAAAUUGCCUCUACAGAUAAUCAAUCGCCAUCGUGACAUAACUAUCUUACCCUUACUUGAUCAACUUGUUGAUGAUCCUAACAGAUUUGUACGUAUAGAAGCUGUUCGAGCACGUAAUUUAUGGCUUAUAUGACACAGUCAGUAAGAGGAGGAUAGCAAAUAGCAAAAACAGUUGUUAAGACAAUAAUUUCAUGGUUCAAUCGUGAUGAAUGCUUUGAUGAACACUUUUAUACAAAUAUCAUUCUCUAUGUGUGUAUUUGUAAUCAAUCUUUCAUAUGCUCUCGC